AUGGAUAGACCUCGCGCGUUAUCUGCUCAAUGGAUGAGUUGUCAGAAGAAUACCAGUACGCUAAACGCGAGAUCGAAUUCGCCCGAGGUGACUGGGUUUCCGCCCAUCCUUCACAGAAUGACACCGGAUGAUUCUCAAUACGCUACGCUAAGACCAGGCGUGAUGGUCAGCUCCGUCCCAAAUCCCGAAGGCGAAUCAAUGCGUUCGUCCUCGGGUGUCCUCGUCAAAGACCUUCUGGGCUCUACAUAUAUGACCACUGCUGCUCAUGGGUUCCCGUUCGAUAAAAACGUUUGCCAUCCAUAUCCCGGUGGCUCAAUGAUCGGCGAAAUCACCACAGAGCUCCCUCAUACGGACAUCGCAUUGAUGAAGCUCCGUUAUGGAGUAGAGUUCGUGAAUGAACCAUUUGGAAAUACCUUGACAGAAAGUCCCUUUCGCCUCGGAAAUUUCAUUCGAAUUGCAGAAAUAAAACGGCAGGAUUUGGUCUUCUUUGAUAGCCCCUUUUUCGGCCUUGUCAAUGGCCAGCUUAUGUCUAAAAAUAUCAUGCGGGUUCCAUCUGACGACCAAGAGCAGGAAUUAUGGAUCAAAACUGAAUGGAGCUAUAUGGGACAAGACUCGGCUCAUGACCUGGUGGACGGUGUUUGUGGUUCCGCCAUUUGGAACACCGAUCAUCGAGUUUUGGGGUUUCUCACUUACGCUCCUGCAACAGGGCUCUACAAGGAUUAUUGCCUGAGUAUUGCUGCGGAUCAUCUUCUUGACAGGGGUUAUAGUAUGGUCUAG